CUCGAGGCUGUCAGCUGGGAGUCCUUUGUUACCCUGCUGCUCAUUACGGCCAGCCGCUCGGAAUAAACCGAACAUGAAGUCUGUCACAUAAUACGGACUUUUCAGGCGUUUUGUGGGUCACUGCAGCUGCUGAGAAAGUAGGAUAAGCAGGGCGGUGCUGCUCCAGGUAUCCGGGCCUGAAAGAGGGGGGACACUGGACAGGUCUUCAGGAUGACGCAAGGUCCGAGGAAGAGGAGCACCAGCAGCGGGGAUGGAAGCCAAUCUGAGCCCCCAGACCCCCAGUCUGGUGCGGUGAAAGAUGCAGGAGGAUCCGGAGUGGCUCUGAAGAAACAGAUCGGCUUAGUCAGCGCCUGUGGCAUUAUCAUCGGCAACAUCAUUGGAUCGGGUAUUUUUGUGAGUCCUAAGGGGGUCCUGGAGAACGCCAGCUCAGUGGGCGUGGCCAUCAUUGUGUGGGUUUCCACAGGAGCUAUCACAGCCAUCGGUGCUCUCUGCUAUGCAGAGUUGGGCGUCACCAUCCCAAAGUCUGGAGGAGACUACUCGUAUGUGAAGGACAUCUUUGGAGGACUCGCUGGUUUUCUGCGGCUGUGGAUAGCCGUGUUGGUUAUCUACCCGACUAACCAGGCUGUGAUCGCGCUCACCUUCGCCAACUACAUCCUGCAACCCCUCUUCCCCUCCUGCCUGCCCCCAGAGACCGGCCUCCGCCUGCUGGCUGCCGUCUGCCUGCUGUUGCUGACAUGGGUGAACUGCCACAGUGUGCGAUGGGCCACGUGUGUCCAAGAUGUCUUCACAGCGGGAAAGCUUUUGGCCCUGGCCCUCAUCAUAAUCAUGGGUUUAGUCCAAAUCUGCAAAGGCCAUUACUACUGGUUGGAGCCGGUCCACGCCUUUGAGACCUUCAGAGACUACGAUGUGGGUCUGAUCGCUCUCUCCUUUCUACAAGGCUCCUUUGCUUAUGGAGGCUGGAACUUCCUUAACUACGUCACAGAGGAGCUUGUUGAUCCAUACAGAAAUCUACCACGUGCGAUCUUCAUCUCGAUCCCUGUGGUCACUUUUGUUUAUGUGUUUGCCAACGUGGCCUACGUCACCGCCAUGAGCCCACAGGAGCUGCUGGCCUCAAAUGCUGUGGCAGUGACAUUCGGAGAGAAAUUGCUAGGAGUAAUGUCAUGGAUCAUGCCCAUCUCUGUGGCGCUCUCCACGUUUGGGGGGGUCAAUGGCUCCCUCUUCACGUCAUCGCGGCUGUUUUUUGCCGGAGCGAGGGAAGGCCAUCUCCCACGUCUGCUUGCCAUGAUUCACGUCCAGCGCUGCACACCGAUACCAGCCUUACUGUUUACUUUGAUCUCCACUCUGCUGAUGUUGUGCACCAGUGACAUUUACACCCUCAUAAACUAUGUGGGUUUCAUCAACUACCUCUUCUAUGGCGUCACUGUCGCCGGUCAGAUUGUGCUGCGUAUCAAAGAGCCAAACCUGUAUAGACCCAUCAAGGUGAGCCUGGUGUGGCCGGUGAUCUACCUGCUGUUCUGGGCCUUCCUGCUGGUCUUCUCUCUCUACUCCGAGCCAGUCGUCUGCGGUCUCGGUCUGGCCAUCAUGAUGACGGGUGUCCCUGUGUAUUUCCUGGGGGUCUACUGGGAAAACAAGCCAAAGUGUUUUGAUAUCACCAUGGGGAAACUGACACAUCUGUGCCAAAAGCUCUGCGCGGUGGUCUACCCCGUCAUGGAGGAGAAUUCGGAGCUCGCUGCACCUCCAAAGACAGACGGAGCUGGUGAAGAUGGAACAGCUGAUUGAGCACGUGCAUAAAGACAAUUCAGUGUUAUUGGGGAGAAAAUGACAGUGGAGGAUAACUCCCAGGAACACUGGCAUACAUACUCUCCUGUUGGUCUACAGCACUGGACUUAUGUUGCUCUACUUUUGAUUAGCCUUAAUCCUGACUGCCUAUUUUACAGUGUUUGAUGGGAACAGGUGCUAAAAAUGAAAUGUCACUACAUACUGAAUUUAAGGGCCACAUUCUUGAUUGUUUCCACAUUACAGUUGAAACCUUUUUCCACGUGUUGUUCUUUCACUCUUUGUUGUGUGCGAGUCUUUGAGGCGGUGGGGAAAUAAUUUUAAUAUGCAAGUUGUAUGAAUUGUUCAAGCUGUAUGUGUUUAUAAUAUUACCUCAUUAUAUCAACACUAAAAUGAAUUUUCCCAGAUGC